AUGACGGAGGGACGACGACCCGUCACGCUUCGCUGCUGGGACGCGUGUCUACAGUAUGAACUCUCACGAGCGGAGGCUUGGGCAGAGGUGCGCAGGGACGCUUUUACUGUGGGCGACGGGCUGUGGUGUGCCGCGACGCCUUCCAUUAUGGAUGCGACGGCAGUGCUGGCGCUUCGUCACGUUGCGUGCGAUUACCUUGCAGCUACUCGUGAGGAACUCGCAGAGGUAAUACGCACCUUUAAACGCGAACGGACCGAAACCGACGUCGAAGUUGGGGCUGAACGGUUAUCGCUGCGAAACUUUCUGCUCUUGUUGGAGCCGCUGACACUUGUGGCAAACGCAAGCGCGGUUCUGGAGGAAUUUUUCAAAGGCAUGCUGCAGCGUGAUAGGCUUUGCGCCCAGUGUGUCUUGGAGGCGGCGGACGCCGGUGCCACACUGGAGGCGCAGGAGCAGGCUUCAAGGGAAGAACUGCUGUCGUCGUGUCGUCGUUGGCGGCACACACGAAGCCUACAGGGCCGUCUGCAGCAGCAGUGCAUGCAUCUCUCAACGCUGCACGCACUGGACAGCGGAGAUGUGGCAGAAGGCGUGAAGGUGUCACUGAUACGGCGGGCCGUGCGUGUGGAGGAGGAGCGGCGACAGCAGCACUUUGCAACGGUGUCGUCGGCGAUGGAGCGUAUUGUUCGCAUCACCGACGCCCUGGAGACCCUCCACGACCAGCUGCGCGUUGCGGAGGAGUACGAGGCUCUCGCCCUCGCCCCACUGCUGGGAGAGCAAUCUGAUCGCAUCGCGCACGCCGCCCUGCAGGCCUCACGCCGUGCCCAUUGGGACUCUCGGCUGAGUUGUAUGGAGCGGCGGCUGGGCAUACUGGGUCGCUUUGCCGUCGGUCUCUCUCUCGUGAGCCUCGGCAGACGCACUCACAACACGAUACUGCGGCAGAUGCAAGAGACCUCGGCAGGUUCUGCCGCCACCGGUGCUGCGGCGGCGCCAUUACCGGCGACCGGCGGCCUGGCGUGGCUCGCUGGCGAUGGUGCGGUGGACCCUGCAGGCAGCUAUUAUUGCGCCUCUACCGCGGCGUCGUCAGGCGCGUCCGUCCCAGACACCGCCUCUUCCCUGUCGGCGUUGCUGCAGCAAUGCCUCUGCGACGCCACCUCCUACGUGGCAGCACCGGGCGCCGUUUCGUCCCAUGGCGGGUGGGAAGUUCCCUCCGUCGAGGAUCGCAGAGAAGUGGAGGGAGUCCUGCGUCAGGCGUUUGUGUCACUGACGCGCCUAAACUAUCUAGCGCUUCCGUUUCUGCAGGAAUUUGCGGCGACGCUCGACACCGUUGUCUUGUUCCCGUCCUUUGAGCUCUUUUUGACGGAGUGCCAGCUGCGCGUCAUUGGCUCUAGCAAGCUUGCGUUCUUCACUCACUGCUCCCGGCGCCUCGACGCCGGCAUUGUCGCGUACCUCAAGUCCCUGGUGCGGCGCGAGGGGAGCUGGGUGGCGGAGUACGGCAUGUGCUUCGACGACUUCCUCGCAUUCCUCGUGGAUCAGGCCGCCGUGGAGUACGUGCGGCACGCGUACCUCCUCCCACCAAAGACGCUCCUGACGAGAAUACUCUUGGAGAUUGUCGUGCCGCGGUGGCUAAAUCGGCUCAGGAGGGGAGAGAGCCCGCCGUGCACGGCGGCCGCAGCGUCGUCGUCCACGGAUGCGGAGCGAGCAGGCGCUGUGAUGCGAGUUGUCGCCACUAGGGACGGGAGCGGCGGCGACGACGGCGACGACGACAAUGACGAUUUGUGCCUGCUUCUCGACACCGCCUUGACGUGGUUGGGUAUUGCCGGUCGCUCUCUGCGGGACUUUGCACAGGCGUAUCGCACACAUGUGGUGGACUACGCGUUUGCCAUGCCUCCCGAGCCGAAUUCGAGCGGCGUCACCACGACAGGACGCCUGAUGGCCCUACUGUUUCCGGCAACGGGGACUGCGCCGGGGCUGCGGUGCCACCCGGCACGCUGGGAGGCGCUGCGGCGCACGCACGGCUCUUCGUUUGCCGCCCUCAAUGCGUUGGUGGGGGGUGACGGCAGCCUUGACAGUGUGGCUGCGUGGCUCACCCUUGGCGUAGACGGCGUUGAGAGGGAGGACCUCGUGCGGCGCAGCAUAGACGCUAUUGAGCGCAUCCUCUGCGCCACCGCCGACCCGGACGUUUGUUUUGCCACGACCCCUCACAAGCUCCCUGCCGCCGUGUCCCACACGACCCCGGUCUCCUGGAUUCUGGCAUUGGCUGUCUGCGUGCGCCUGGCGUUCAGAUCCGACUUGGCCACGUGUGGACUGGACGAGCUGCUUCAGCGCCUCACCGUGCCAAGGUGA